GUUUUCUUACUGAUAUUUGAGGAGAAAACAGCAUCCCGUAGCAGAAGUGCGUCGUCGCGUCGGAGACGAGUGGGAACAACAAGAACGAGCACCACGAACUUGCACUUGUAGUAAUCUGACAUUCUUUGUCAACUUUGGAGGAACAUCAUAUCAUUCACAAUGCAAACAAAUGAAGAGCACGACAAACCCGUCUUUGAAAACUCAUUUUUACAGUGGAGUCAGUGGCAGCUGUUGGAUUCUAUACUUCCUACCGGUGGAUUUGCACACUCUUUUGGUCUUGAAGCUGCAGUUCAGUCCCGCAUAGUGUCUGAUACCAAUGAACUCCAAACAUUUCUUAUUCAUGUUUUGGAGAAUACAGGGAGCUUAUUCCUUCCUUUUGUGUACUCGGCUUGCAAGUCACCGAAUAUGGAAACAUGGCAUAACCUUGACAGGAUAUUGGAUGCUACCCUAACUAACGAAGUGGGUCGAAAGGCAUCAAUCUCGCAAGGAUCUGCGUUAAUGAGGGUAGCUUCAACUGUGUUUUCUGAGAAUCCCUCUCUCAAAACAAUGCGAGAUACUUCUCUUAAGUUAGGGACUGUAUCUUUUCAUCACGCUCCUAUCUUUGGACUAACAUGCGGAGCGUUGGGAUUCGAUAGUAUGAGUUCUCAAAGAGCUUACAUGUUCAUCACAAUGAGAGAUGUUAUAUCUGCUGCUACAAGGUUGAACUUGAUAGGACCCCUUGGUGCAGCAUUGUUGCAGCAUCAAGUUGCUCCUAUUGCUGAAGUUAUAUUAGGAAAAUGGAUGAAUCGCGAUGUUGAGGAUGCAUGUCAAACUAUGCCUCUUCUAGAUACUGUGCAAGGUUGUCAUGGUUACUUAUUUUCAAGACUUUUUUCAUCUUAGAAGGCCACAGAUAACAUUUUUCACUUUGAAUCACUGUUUUUUGGAAUUUUGAAUGGUGCUAACUCUUCAUUUUGCAUUGUAUUUUUUUGAGAUUUUAUUAUUUGAUGUUUCACAUGAAAUGGUUCUGAACA